GUUAAUUGUCUUUACACGUCCAUGCACUUAUCAUCUCGUCCAUCAUUUCUUUCUAUAUGCCAGACUGAACAAAGUUGAAAAAAUGUCGUUGUUGUCAUCUCAAAUGCUUGGAACCUUUCCGCUGUAUGUUUGGUUUUUGAUAUGGAUGAAUGUUGUUGGCGUGGCUUUCAUAACUGGAUGCAAGACUUGCAACAGUAGACAAGCUCGCGAGAAGAGGUUGAUCGCAGUUCAGGGACAGAUUCUGGCCAAGCUUGGCUUAACGAAGCCUCCGAACGGAGAAGAGAUUUUUAUGAAUGUUAGCCGUGAAGUGAUGCAGACGUACAAAAGCGCGGUGCAGGAAAAAGACAAGUUAUUACUGGAAUCGAAGUUGUGUCGUUCUCAAGUGGACGCAGACGAAGAAUACUUUGCUAAGAGAGUCGAACGACUGCUACUGGAAAAAGAGGUUGCUAGAACGGUCGUACCAAGUAAGUAUGCAAAGCUUAGACUGUCGACGUGCCCCAAAGGAAAGAAUGACAAGGAUGUGUACUCACUGAUAUUCAACCUCAGCAAGCUUGUAACAGAGAGCGCACGGGUGUCGUUAGCAGAGCUGCGGCUUUAUCAGAUGCCAAACCAGCGACAGCCUCUAAGCAAUGUACGCAUCGAUGUUUGUGAAAACACUGGGGAACAUGACGACAAUGCUAAGAAUGGCUGCAUUACUGCGCUUGAUUCUGCCUGGAGUUUAUCUAGCGAAGAGAAGUGGAUAUCUUUUGAUAUCACUUCAGUGGUGCAGAAGUGGCUUGAGGAUUCUAGCACAAACUACGGUCUUACGGUUACCGUAACAAGCUCGGUACCUGCAGACAAAGAUGAACGUGUUUCUCCGAUUUAUCUCGGUGGGCCAGCACCAAAACAGAUGCACGACGAAGACGAAGAACCGUGGCCAAAUAUUCUUGUAUGGUUCAUCCCUCGUGAACGGGUCCACUCGACGAGACGAAGGAACAAGCGAUCCUUGGAUUCAAAUUAUUGCAAGAAACGGUCUACGGAAACACGAUGCUGUCUUCGUUCGCUGUACAUCGACUUCAAGAAAGAUUUGCGUUGGAAGUGGCUGCACGCGCCGAAAGGCUUCUACGCAAACUACUGCGCCGGUCACUGUCCUUUGAUGUGGGGAGUUGAGAAACAGAACCACCACACUACCAUUAUGUCUCUGUACAACAAAAUCAACCCAGAUGCCCCAGGGGACCCCUGCUGCGUGCCUAAGACUUACGAGCCACUGGUCGUGCUCUACUUCAAGGAUGGUGAACCAAAAAUUGAUGAACUGUCAAACAUGGCGGUCAGCGAGUGUACAUGUCUGUGAACCAGCAUUGCGGCCCUUAACAUAUUACUGGGCAUCUUUGGUCAAAAGGCUUUAUCGAAUCCCCGAUCUUUGAUAUCAAGUGCUCAAUCCUUUUUUGACUUUCUCUAGAAAUCUACAGUCCUCGAUUUUGAAUUCAAUCCUCAAAUAUGAUCGCCGAAAUCUUUUUAACAGUAUCAGCUCAGGUACCUAUGUGCACUCAGUAGAUUACAAGCAACGCGCGAAACAUAACAAAGUACAAAUUUCCCAUGAUAUUUUUGCUCCAGGAAACCGGUUUAACAAGUUAGUCUGUUGUGGCUCGUGAACCAAAGC